UCGAGCCCAAAUCCAUCCCGAAGCCCGUCUUCAACCCAACCCCGACUGCAACUUUUCGGAUGCCACCUUGACAACAAAGAUCCGACAAGUGUUCCCCCCCCUCCUCCGCUACGCGCCGAUUCUCCCUCACCAAGGGCCCAACCAGUCAGCUCCCAGACCCAUUCUCCUCUGCGGCCAAGUCAGGCGGACCAAGGGCUCGACCGUCGGGCGCCCGCCAUUCUGGCCGUCCCGGACGCCGGUCUGGAGGGCCGAGAGCGUGUGGUCAAUGCGAACCCGGAACCCCUCGAUUCACAUGUUGCUUUCCAACGGAACGACACGACGUCGGUCGGCCCGACUGCCCCGACAGUCUCAGUUCUGUCUGAAAGAUGUGCCCCUUCUCUCGCCUAA